CGCCGUUAACGUUGCCUUUGGUAAACCUGCCUACCAAACAGACACCAACCGUCCAUAUACGGCGGACCGUGCCGUUGACGAAAAUACGAAAUCGCGUUUGAUUGAAGACCAGUCGUGCACCUACACAGCGUCUCACAACGUGUCAUGAUGGGUGAAUCUCGAGCAGAUAUUCCUCAUCCGAAGCGUCAAGAUUUACAAGAGGAAUGUGUUAGACUUAGAGACGUCGAGCUUAACGUCGGGUUAUCGGAGGCCGGCUUUCAAUCUCGUGAAGGGUUUCACCCUGGAGAGAUCGGCGUUUCAUGCACGUUUGAGCUAGCUACACCGGUGUACGGACAGUGGGUACGGAUUACGCGUAGCACUCCUAACGAGGUACUCACUCCGUGCGAGGUUGAGGUGGAAGAUGCUCCGUACUCUGCAGCCAAUGGCACACGUUAUUCGGUUUUCCAAGCAUAUGUUCACAUUGGCACUGCAAUCGACGUUUCCGCGAAGGUCCUGUCAAAUCUUCUCUGCGCAUCAAGCUGUUCCAAAACAGAGAACUGCAUCAGCGCCCACUACAACAAAGCGACCUUUACAUGCAGCCUGUUCGAUUCCUUGGCAUUCCAUCCAAGAGACGUCGAAAAUGACAUCACUGUUGUCAACAGUAUUGCCAUAACAGAGAAUUCAAGGGAAAAGUUGUUCGGGACAUAAACCGUCAAUUUUUCUGUCGUCUGUUUCAAAGCCACGUUUAGCAAAUUGCAAACAUCACUGUAUUCAACAAAACAAAUGCGAUAACCGUAUCUAUCACCAAUAUACAUACAAAUCAGCUGUACAAACAGUAGACACUCCUUACUAUAUCACACGUUCCUUCAAGUAAUGGCAAUUGGUUAUUUUCAAACCCGUCAGACACAAGACACAAGCCAUUGAUUCAGUACAAAACGUUGCAGACACACAAAGAAAACUAAUUUAAAAUUCAGUCACCGCCGUAAGAACGGUCAAACUCGGUAAGCAGCUGGAGCGUGCGCGUCGCGACCGAGGCGAGAGUGGCCCGCAGAAGAUCUACACG